UCAGUAUGUUGCGCAGGCGCCGGGGCAAUUCGAUGCUUAUGUUGUGUUAUCCCAUGCAAGACAUCAACCACGACACGGUUGAUGUAUACACUGAACUUCGUCAUUGCAGCGAUACUAGCAUGGGCUCUGAGUCAUUGGGGUGCUGAGAUAGCGGAUCCAGCAGGGGCAUUGACACAGGAAUGUGACGGGGCAUGUUUCGAGUUUCUGGCGGUGUAUCGGGUGUCGCUAUCCAUGGUCAUCUACCAUGGUGCACUAUGCUUGUUGACGAUCGGUGUAUCGAGCUCCAGGGAUGUGCGUGGAGUUAUACAUAAUGGGUAUUGGUGUAGAGGCUGGCCUAUCAAGUUCCUGAUAUGGCUUGCAAUCCUGGUGGCCAUGUUUUUCAUCCCGGCGGAGAAGCUCGCGAAAUACUGGAUCGCUGCGAUUGUGUUUAGUGCGCUUUUCAUUCUGCUGCAGUCGUACAUCCUGGUGGACUUUGGCUGGAGCUGGUCAGAAACCUGGGUCUCAAAAUGGGAAAGCACCGGGAACAACUUCUACAAGUUCCUCCUCAUCUUCUUCUCGGCCGCCAAAUACAGCGCCGUCAUCGCCGUCACUGUCCUCCUCUAUAUUUUCUUCACCACGAAGCCAGGAUGCGGACUCAACAUUUUUUACAUCACUCUCAAUCUCUUUCUCUGCAUCCUCAUCACGGCAUUAUCCAUAUCACCGAGGGUGCAGCGAGCCAACCCGCGCGCUGGCCUCUUCCAAGCCGCCGUAUUGUCGGUGUACUGCACGUAUGUGAUGGCCAGCGCCGUAGGCUCAGAGCCGAACGACCAGAACUUCUCAUGUAGCCCGAAAGAUCCCAACGACACUGAAGAAGAUGCCCUCCGCAAGGCCACCGUGUACGUCGGGAUCGCGAUCACAUUUCUCGCAUUAGGCUAUUCGGCCCUUAGCGCCGGGUCCGUGGUACUCUGGUCCCGCCUGAACGCCGAAUCGCCGAGCAUCAGCGGCUCGGGGGAUCCCGACGACGAGUCGGACGGAAUCACAUACUCAUACGCCUUCUUCCAUUUCGUGUUUGUAUUGGCAAACAUGUAUAUGGCGUCGGUGAUGACCAACUGGAGCAAACUAAGUCAAAACACGACGAGCACGGGGACGUCGGAUGAUUUUUCGGUGAAUACAGGAUUUGUUAGUGUUUGGGUUAAGGUCGCGACGGGAUGGGCAUGCUUUCUGUUGUAUGGGUGGACGCUGGUUGCGCCGUUGAUAUUUCCGGAUAGAGACUUUGGGGUGUAA